GUCCCCGAGUGCGCGCGUCUGCGGUUCUUUCUCUCCGUUCUCCUCGUGUUUGACAGUUGGCGGGGUAAUUACAGUCUUCUGCUGCCCUCGUCCGUAUGGGAGACCAAACACAACGGAUAUGUGGGGAGGGGGGCGUUUAAACCUUUCACGGCUAUACCGUCGCGUAUUUUCAUCAAGAAAAAAAGAACAUGUGUUCUACUUGUUCGUUUGUAGUGUUACUGCGUCAACGUGCCACCAUCGUCGCCUCGACACUUCAGCCAAGCUCCUUUGUGUCCCUGAAACUACAUGUCCCAUACGCCAUUGCGAAAAACAACCGCGCCGUACGGACAGUAAAGUGCGAACACGACUCUUUUAAACAUGGAUAGUUUAAGGCUACUAUGCCCUUGAAACAUUGAUAUCGUGUUAUACGUAUGUAUUAACGCGACAGAGUCACUGUAAAUAACAAAUACGCAUGUCACGUAACUCAACAACCCGUCACGUGACUAGUUAAUAUGUUAGGUUCCUGUCAAGGCACUCCCCCGGAGCUAGCUUAAUUUCUUCGCCGACAUAAAAGCAGCGGGACCAUAUUUGCCUGUGUUUUCACGAUGACAUGCAGCCAGCCACGAUGGACCCAGCAGACGAGCCCGCGUCGAUGUUGUGGGGACUGGACCCGAUCUUCUCUGCCUUCGCCAGGCUGUAUGUCAGGGACAUCCUGCAGAUGGCCGAGUCCACGCAGGUGCCAGGUAUUUACUUCUACAACCUGCAUCCCAUCUACAAAGUGGAUGUGCUUGGGACAGUGGUUUACAAGAGAGAAAGAGACGACUUCUUCUGUUAUGGAGUGGAUGACGGCACUGGUGUAAUAAACUGCCUCUGCUGGAAGAAUGACCUGUUGAAAAAGGAGGAGGGUCCUACCAAAUCAGGAGGAAAAUGCAGUGACGGAGGCUUCAACCCAGUCGAGGAACUUGAGAAGCUGAGACAGGCCCAGCAGGGCCGCUGCUGUCUGGAGAUCGGAGAGCUGCUCCGAGUCAGAGGACCAGUGAAGACGUCGAGGCAGCAGAGAGAAAUCAUGGCCUCCACCUUUUACAAAGUGAACGACCCAGUGAUGGCGGUCCAGAUAGCGUGGAUGAUGGAGGUUCCUCGCCUCUACAGACUGUGCUAUGACAAACCGCUAGAGCUACAAGCUAACGCUACGGGUGACUCGGACCUCAGCUCGCUCAGCAAGGCAACGAACAUCAUCAAGGAUUUCUUCAAGCAGAAGUCGGUGACCAGGUUCAGACCCUAUGAUGUCCAGGACCUCCUGCAGCCUCUGAUCUCCAGCCAGCCUCAAACCGCAUCAGCAGACCCGGAGCCCGUGGCGGGUCCCUCUGCAUGCCAGCAGCUCCGCCAACUUCUGAAGGAGGCCCUGCAAAUUCUACAGGACGAGGGCGUUGUGUACCGCAGAGUCAAAUCCCAGGAUGAAGUCUAUCACGUGACUGCACACGACACAGAUCUAUUCAUCGCCGUCAAAGACGUCAUCAGGGAGGACUCUCAGAGAGAGAAGUAUGCGGAGAAGGGUUGCCACAUCCUGCACAUCCUGUCUGCAGUCAGGCAGCGCCACAGCCUCAACGUGAGCAAAGCCACGCUGGAGCUCGUCCUCAAAUCCCUGGAGUGCAACAGCGACAUCGUCAGCACCAGCGACAGCCAUUACACCGUGUUUUGACAUCGAGCGUGGCGGCGGGAACCACGGUGUCACCGCAGACGCCGCGUGCACUGUGGUUUAUUGCUCCAGAAUGUGAUCGUCCAAUAUGUUUUGAAGUGAAUCAUGCCGUUUGUAUUCCCUUGUUCAUCAGGACUACUGGGAAGCGGGGCUCUUGCCAACUUGAAAAGACUACCGCAUAAUGAUGGACAUUAGGGAAGCUUUCAGGACCACCGUGGACUUUACUGUUGUAAACAUUUAGGAUAGAAGACCUGUUUAGGAAUAGGAGAUGAAUAACAGGCCAAGGCUCAUGCUUGGCUUGAUUAACCAGCUAAAGGGGUUUCGGAGGCAAAAUGUAAGACCUCUACACUUCUUUUACUCCAAUUCAUUUGCAAGUUGGUAUGUUUUCUUGUUCUUUUUUUACUGUUUCAUGCACAGCGAGAAUAUUAAAAAGAAUAUUCAUACAAGAAAA